AUGAUAGAUAUAAGCCUAAAGAACUUGUGGAAGUGGUGGUGCUACUUCUUUGUCUGUCUGGGUAUCGCAGGCCUGAUUAUUAAUCAAGUCAUGUGUCUGUAUGUGAGUCUAAAGGACCAAGAGAGCGCAAGUCAAAUGGAGAUGGAAUGGACAAGCUGUAAGAGCAGAGAGGGAAAUAAAGAAGGAGAACACGAAAGAGACGAAUCCCUGCCCCCAAUCCAAAGAAUAAAAGAGGAGGCACUAUUCGAUGCUAGAUCUUGGGACCUCCAUUCAGUGCUAAUAAGUCGAUUACAGGAGAUGCAGGUGCUAGAUAACCCAGCAGACCAUCUCUGGUCAGUCCUGCCCAGCCCCAAACCCAGCACAACGUUUGACGACACUUGUUUCGAUGCCAGCCCAAUUAAGUGGUUAGUAUUGGGUUAG